GUUGCUUCUCGUGCGGCAUUCAGAAAUGGCAAUUACCAGCUCGUCACAUUCCAUUUCUUCACAUGCCUCACGAUGACAGAUGUUAGCUAAGCUAAGACAUCAUCGGCUACUUUCGUGCCAUUCACCCGACCAAAUGCCCAAUUCAUGUUCCUCGCUCUCCAGCGCGCGACCGUUGGUUGUUCCCGCCUCAAGCAGUCCCUGUUCCAUCACCUCGCGAUACAGAGCAGCCUCGGUUUCGAGUCGUUCGCGGCCCAGACACUCCACAAUCGACUCGAAAGAUGCUCUUCCGUGAGAGAGCUCAAGGCGAUCCAUGCCCAGAUAAUCUUUCGCGGCCUGGCCGAUGAGAUUCUCUUGCUCGGGAAGCUUAUCUCCUUCUGCGCCGUCGACGAUGCCGGUGAUCUCGCGUAUGCUCGGUACCUGUUUGACAAAAUGCGGGAACCCAAUAGGUUCAUGUAUAAUAGCCUGAUAAGGGGUUACUCGAACAGUGAGGACCCUUUGGAGGCCCUUCUCUUGUACCGCCGAAUGAUUGGUUCGGGCAUUUCGCCGAACGAAUUCACCUUUCCUUUUGUUCUGAAGGCUUGCGCCGGUGAAUCGUUGUACUGGGUUUCGGUUCUUGUUCACGGUCAGGCUGUUAAGUUGGGAUUUGAGUUUCAAGUUUGUGUGCAGAACGCUCUGAUCACGGUGUACCUAUCCUGUGGAUUGGUAGGGGAUGCCAGGAAACUGUUUGAUGUAAUAGCUGACAGGACAUUAGUUUCUUGGAAUUUGAUGAUUGGUGGAUAUUCUAAGAUUGGUUGCUCCAGGGAAGCUUUUAGAUUGUUUGGAGAGAUGAGGAAAUUGGGGUUGCAGAUAGACGAGUUUACACUGGCUAGUCUAAUUAUAGUUUCUUCCCAAACUGGUCAGUUGGAUUUGGGAAAGUCUGUGCAUCUCUACAUCGAGGUUACCGGUGUUGAAGUUGAUGUCAUCGUGAGCAAUUCUCUAUUGGACAUGUAUGCAAAGUGCGGGGAUUUGCGUUCGGCUGAAGCAGUUUUCAACAAAAUACCCAAAAAGGAUGUUGUUUCCUGGACUACCAUGGUGAAUGCCUAUGCAAACCACGGUUCCCUCGCGAUGGCCCAACAAUGUUUUGAUCAGAUGCCAAAGAAGAAUGUGGUCUCUUGGAACUCGCUAAUCUCAUCUUAUGUUCAAUUCGGUCGAUGCAAGGAAGCUUUGAACCUCUUCCGCAGGAUGUGUGGCUCAAGAGUCGUCCCAGAUGAAACUACACUUAUUGCAGUUCUUUCAGCAUGUAGUCACAUUGGUGAUGCGGCCACGGGAAAAGAAAUAUACAUUUACAUAUCCAAAUCCGGUAUCAGACCUAGCGUUACCCUUUCUAAUGCCUUGAUGACCAUGUUUGGAAAAUGCGGUGCAGUUCGAAUUGCUGUCGAUAUCUUUAAAAAGAUGAAGCCAAGGAACUUGGUGUCAUGGAAUGUAGCAAUUGGGAUCCUCGCAUUGCACGGAUGUGGGGUAGAAGCGAUCAAGCUCUUUGAGGACAUGGAAGCUUCCGGAAUUGUCCCCAACGAGAUUACCUUCACAGGACUGCUCUCUGCUUGCAGUCAUAGUGGUCUUAUCGAAAUGGGAAGAUAUUACUUUCAAAGGAUGAGUUCUGCUUAUGGCAUAUCGCCUGAAAUAGAGCAUUAUGCUUGCCUAAUCGAUCUACUUGGGCGUGGAGGUUUCUUAGAAGAAGCGCUCGGGCUGAUCGGAAAUAUGCCGAUGAGACCUGAUAUCGUGACAUGGGGUGCGCUGUUAGCCGCAUGUAGGACUCAUCACUACUGGGAAAUUGGGAAAUCCAUUCUGAAGCAGCUGUUGGAGCUCUUGCCUCAUAGUUCGGGGCUUUGCGUGCUUUUGUCGAACCUUUAUGCCGAAGCCAGAAGAUGGGACGAUGCGAGGAAGAUAAGGAAGAUAAUGAACGAAAGCGGUAUCGCUAAAUGCAGGGCCAUUAGCUUCGUCGAGAUUGAUGGUAAUGUCUACGAAUUCAUGGUUGAUGACAAGAGAGGUGAAAUGUCAAGCAGCUUGUUCUUGGUGCUGGACCAAUUAACUGAUCAUUUGAAAUUUGAGGGCUGCCCAUGCAACCUCUCUGGUGCAUACUGGGAGGCAGAGGAUGUACAGUGAUCUCCCCAUUCUUUUACUGUAUCAAGAAAUUUCUGCAAGAAAGGAAUGCAAAUCUGCAUGAUGUGAAUUUGUGUUUUGAGUUAA